AAUGAAACUUGUUUCACUCUUUUCUCCUUCCUCCAAUUCUUUUAAUUUCUCUGCAAUUAUUCUUGGAGCUUCAAACAGAGAAAGAGAGAAUCAAAUUAAUUAAGAAAGAAAGAAAGAAAGAAAUGAGAAAACCUUGCUGUGAUAAAGAAGGCAACAAUAAAGGAGCUUGGUCUAAACAAGAAGACCAAAUACUCAUUGAUUAUAUUAAAACUCAUGGCGAAGGUUGCUGGCGUUCUCUCCCUAAGGCUGCAGGAUUGCACCGUUGUGGCAAAAGUUGUAGGCUGAGAUGGAUAAAUUAUCUUAGACCUGAUAUUAAAAGAGGCAACUUUGGUCAAGAUGAAGAAGAUCUCAUUAUUAAACUUCAUGCUCUUCUUGGCAACAGGUGGUCAUUGAUAGCUGGAAGAUUACCAGGAAGGACAGACAAUGAAGUGAAGAACUAUUGGAAUUCUCAUUUAAGGAAAAAGCUAAUGAAAAUGGGAAUUGACCCUAACAAUCAUCGUCUUAACCAAAUUCUUCCUCGUCCUCCUCAACCAGACCAUCUUUCUAAUUCUAAUACUCCUACUCUUGAUGUUGUUCAUUCAUGUAAACCCAACAAAGAAUCCUGUAAUAAUAAUGUCGAUGGGGUUUCUGAUGAUGCAGCAAGUUCUCUCGAGGAAGACGAAACUACUACUACUACUGCUUCUUUUGACCUAAAUCUUGAUCUCACCAUUGCUGCUCCUUCUCCUACUCAUAUUACAACUAUACAGUCCAGGCCGGACAAUUGCAAAAUGACUUCAUUUAAUGAAGUAGAAACUGAAACUUCGCCUUCCUUGCUUCUCUUCUUAUGAGGCAAUCUUGGCCAAUUACUGCUUAGGAUUCUGAUAAGUAGCCUAUUUUUAAUGGGUUUUAAAGAAAUAAUAGAUAUAAAUUAGAGAUUGGCUGAUUAGCUUUAUCAUGAAAAUUCGACUAAUGUGUUUUAUGUACAGAUUAAAACAUAUGCAGCUGUAUUAAUUUGAGCUGCAACUGUGUGUGACAGAUAUAGAUUGAAGCUAAUUAGUGCAGAAGAUUAGCUAUAGAAAAUAAUCAUGAUUUGAAAGGGGAAGCUGUCUCUAUAUAUUGUAUUUUUGAAUAGGCAAAAUUAAAACUAAUAUAUUAGUUAUUAUAUAA